AUGGUAGAUCUGAUUCGCGCUUUAGAGGCUAAACUAAAAGAUUUCAGCAACGAUAUUCUCACAAGAAAUUACAAGUAUUUUGCAAACUUGAAAAAAUAUAUGAACGAUUUAGAUAUACAUGAGACACCAGACAAAGAAAGAAUUACUGAAGAAUUUAUUUCUUUGAUUGAUUAUUUAAUCAAGGAAUUAUCAGCGAGAUUUACGCAGUUCAAGGAAUUAUCGGAAAUAAUCAAGUUUGUUAUGUACCCUGACGUGACGUCAUUUAAUAAAUUGAACUUGUCCCAAAUCGAUUGGUUGGAAAUCGAAGAAUUCGAAAUGCAGUCCAGUUCAAUAUGGAUUCAAAAAUUUAUUGAAACAAGGAUAAAGUUGGAACUAAUAGAAACAGAAAGAUUGACAAGUGAUAUAAGUGAAAAUGCUUAUAAAAAAGUUUGGGAAACGUGGAAUGCAUUACCGGACACAUUUAACUGUUUGAAGAAGCUGGCUCAUGCUAUAUUAACGAUAUUUUCGUCUACAUAUGCUUGCGAGUCAUUAUUUUCAGAAAUGAACAAUAUUAAAGACUCGAUUAGAAACCGUUUAACAGACGAAUGCAGUUCAGCAUGCAUUCUGCUAAAAAGGCCUUUUCUUGUUGGAACAGCGAUAGAGCUCAUCAGAUCGGAGUGGAGCAAUGAAAAAUGCCUAAAUUUAAGUACAGAAGUUAGUGCCACAAUUUGUAAAUAA